AUGUCGGAAUCAAAGCCACAGAACGGAAGAGCCUUAUUGGGCUGGAAGAUAUUCGAAGGGCAACCUCUUUUUUUACCAGAAGCAACGGCGGGCCCAGGUGUUGCCAUUCCCACGAUCCUCGAUGUCGAUCCAAUGAAAACUAUAUUGGGCAUGCCACAAUCCUCCAGUGUGCCACCGGUAUGGCUGCUGUCGGUCGCUUGUCUUGUGCUUCCACGAGUUUUGGGUUUGGAGUUGGUCUGUCCCAGAUUGAACCUGGACGACAACUCGACGAACUAUUAUCCGAAUGCUCUUUUUCGUCCCGAUCGCAUCCUGAAUGAAACAUGGUCCAUCCAGGAAAAUUUCACAGGUUUCUUGGAGACCUUUCAGACUCGCACGUACGACUAUUCGCGUCAUUCCUAUUUGUACUACAAGGCAGGGAUGCACCAUUGGAAAUCCACUCGGUUUCACCCGUAUCUACAAAAUGGAAGUUCCAUCUAUCAGCAUGAUUGUGGAUUUGGACUCAAUUUCAUCAUGACACUCGCAACAAUGGCCGAAGAGCAAGUUUUCCACAAUCUUACGUUUUAUGGAGAUACCCUCGUCCCACAACAGGCCAAUCUGACCAACCGAAUCCUCCAGGCACUCUUGCCUCGGUUCAAUGCCACCCUUGGAGGAAUUUGCGCUACCAAUACAUUGGACUUUGUUCCGUCAGAUUCAUUUGAUUUGGUAUAUGCAUCCGGGCUGGACCCACUGUUGGAUCCCUUGAAUUUCAAUCUACCGGUAGAAUCCUACAGGGACACGUAUGACUACUACUCGGAAAUCUGCCGUCUGGACACUUGGAAGGAUCAAAAGCUACGAGAGAUUGCGCAGCAACGACAAAACGAUUGGUUCGGAGCCAAAGUGCACCAGUUGCUGCGCAUUGCCAAGCCCGGUGCCCCGAUCAUCUUGGAGCUAGUGUCCCAUCCCUUUUGUGAGAAGCCCUUUACGUUGGGCGGUGUCAGUCAAGACUUUUGGACCCGUCGCGAUACCCAUGAGAGAUACCAUUGGGACGUGGACCUAGAUUCCAUUGAUAUGGUACGAGAUAGAAUCUACGGGCAACGCUAUCAUGUGUUUCUGCGGAAACACAGCAGUACGGCACCAACUCUGGCCCCAUCUUUCGAUCAGGAUGAUUUGCCAAUCGCGGCAGCCAAGAGAAGGCAUUCCUUUGGUGGCUAA